AUGCCUGUUCACUCGCAUCGUGCUCCAAAUGACUGCCCAUCAGGGUUUCAAUUUUAUAGAUGUUACAAUUUUAACGGAUGCUGCAAAUCCAAUCCGUGCAAGGGGCCUCCAAUAGCACAAUGUCCUGACGACGAGAGCCCAGGUGGGCAAAUUAAUGCAUUGUCAUCGUUAACUUCAACUUCACCAACUACUCGAUCUUCGUCUGCAUCUACGUCUAUUAGAGCCUCUUCCUAUAGAACAUCAACAACGUUCUCGCCCACUUUGGCAAACUCGCCUUCACCCACACUUCCAUCUGGCGGUGUACCAACAGAUCCUACCUCAGCAGCACCGAACGCCACAAUCAGUCCAGCAGCACCAAUACAGGAGUCCAAUGCAUCUAAAAAGCUAAAUGGGGGAUUGGUUGGAGGGGUGGUUGGGGGAAUUUUUUCACUGUCUCUUAUUCUAGCAGUACUAAUUUUCCUUUGGAGAAAAAGUCGAAAAGCGCAGCGAAGCCAACACCUAAGUUCUCCACUCCCGCCCGACGACGACGGAAUGACGGGUAUGGGCUUUGCAGACUCCAAAGUAGAUCCACAGAAGAGUUUCAUUGAUACUCCGAAUCUAUUCAAUAAACCAUUGGACAACAGCAAAGUCUAUAGAAGCGGAACAUUGACCAACAGGGACGCGACAAGCCAGUUUACAAAGUCUCACCAGUCUGUUUCUUCGGACUCCUCCACUCUCAUGGGAUCACCUGAUUUCCGAGGCAGUUCGGUUUCGUCCUUUAACUCUCCCUCAUUGGGGACAUCUGACUUUGGUAGUUCAGAUCUCAAUCAGAAUCUCAGGUCUAGGACUGCGAGCUCACUAGCAACACUCAACGAACAUCCCCACUCAAGUACUGAAAGCAGUCAUUUAAUACCACGUGCCGAAAUGCUCGCGACCGUUCCGUCCCGGGAGAGUGUUACAUCUGAGCUUGCUAAUACGGAGAGCCGCUACCGUGCAGAGCUUCCAGGAGAACCAGAGAGACAAUUAAUAAAUAUACCAAGAGAAUUACGGGUCGGGAUAACCGCAAACACAACUGAACAGGUUACCCCCCAAUUUUCAGUGACUACACCAGAAGGAAUUGUGCUCGGGUCAAAUCUUAACCUCGAAAGAACAAGACCGGGAAUACCAGAAAAUCAUGUGAUGAGUUUCAUGUCUUAUGCUACAGGGGCUGCUCUCGCCGGCCCUCUAGCCAGCGUGGCCCGCAAUACCCAAGUUCAUGCGAUUCGUCAUAUUAAGCUCAACGUUUAUGUCUCAGAUUCCAAAAGUUCUUUGAUAUGGUCCGCAGCAACAGAUGCCAUUGCUUCGCAGAGAUUUUUGUCAUGGGAAGUCGGCAACAUAAUCUUCAUUGCAUAUAUGAGUCUCUCUGUGGACCAGCCGAAAUCGAGGAGAUGGCAGAUGCUUUUAAUGGAGCGUUUUAGGAGGCCUGGUAUUCCCAAAAAGUCCGCAAUAGCGUGCACCACAGUCGGAUUCGGAGAUGCAUGCAAUUCCCAUCAUAGCGGCAUUUUCCGCAGGGCUCGCACUCGACACCCCCAUUAA